ACAAGAGCCAGGACGCGCACACGCUGUCACACAGUUCCCGAGUCGAUCGGUUGGAAUAAUAACCAGAAUACAUUUGCUGGAGGACGCGUUUAUUUUCAGCUCCGUAGUGGAAAGACACACAAACACAGGAUCACACUCAUGCCAGACGAGGCAGGGCGAGGAGGAAGAACUCGGUAACUGGGGCAGAGAGUGGAGGACAGUGGAGUGUCAGUGAUCAGCAGGUGGAGCAAAGACGGGAAAGACUCAGGGACAUGUCCAACAGUGCAAGAGGUCAUGGGGGUCUUAACCAACUAGGUGGAAUGUUUGUUAAUGGCCGACCACUUCCGGAGGUGAUCCGGCAACGCAUCGUCGACAUGGCCCAUCAGGGGGUCAGACCAUGUGACAUCUCCCGACAGCUCCGAGUCAGCCACGGCUGCGUCAGUAAGAUCCUGGGACGCUACUACGAGACGGGCAGCAUCAAGCCCGGAGUGAUCGGUGGCUCCAAGCCCAAGGUGGCCACCCCGAAAGUUGUGGACAAGAUCGCAGAGUACAAGAGGCAGAACCCCACCAUGUUCGCGUGGGAAAUCAGAGACCGGCUGCUGGCAGAGGGAGUGUGCGACAGCGACACGGUGCCCAGCGUCAGCUCCAUUAACAGAAUAAUCCGAACAAAGGUUCAACAGCCGUUUAAUCUGCCUCUAGACGGAAAAGGCCUGAGUCCAGGACACACCUUGAUCCCCAGUUCUGCAGUCACCCCUCCUGAAUCUCCACAGUCGGACUCGUUAGGCUCCACCUACUCCAUCAGCGGCCUGUUGGGCAUCCCGCAUCCCAGCACCGAGGGCAAGAGGAGCCAUGAUGACAGUGAUCAGGACAGCUGUCGACACAGUGUGGACUCUCAGGGUAGCGGGGGCGUCCCGAGAAAGCAGAUGAGGGUGGACCAUUUCUCGGCAGCCUCGCAACACCUGGACUGCGGGUUUGAGCGUCACCACUACCCUCCGGACUCAUUCAGCUCAGCCUCCAGCAGCAAGACAGAGCAGACUUUGUACUCGCUGUCGCUCCUCAAUGGCAGCCUCGACGAGGCCAAGACCAGCCUCUCAUCGUCCAGCUCCACUAUUGGACGGAAUCUGACGGCGCAUCAGAGCUACACCAUGGUGACAGAGCCUCUACAGCCACUGCCGCUCUGUCUGAAACAGGAAAUGUCCCCAGAAGUGACCAGCACCAGUCCGUCACCACACAUGGCCGCCACCGCCGCCAACCUGGCGUUCGUGGACCUGCAGGCGCUGCAGAAACCCGUCUCUCUCAGCAGUGGUGGCGGUGGCGGCGGCAGCUGCAGCCAUUUUCCCAAUGCAUUCAACUCAUUCUCCCAUCAUGCACCAGUGUACGGGCAGUUCAGCAGUCAACCUGUCAUCUCAGGACGUGACAUGGUGAGCUCCACGUUGCCAGGUUACCCACCUCACAUCCCAUCACCUGCACAGUCAGGAUAUUCCUCGUCUGCCAUCACAGGCAUGGUAGCAGCAGGUGCAGACUACACUGGUCAGUCCUACAGUCAUUCACCCUACACCUCCUACAGCGAAGCCUGGAGGUUCACCAACUCCAGCAUACUGGGUUCUCCCUAUUACUACAGCUCGGCCUCCCGCACUGCUCCACCUUCUGCAGCCGCCUACGACCACCUUUAGUCCAGACUCUGUGCUGAUGGACCCGACUCAACGGACCGGUCCGAGACUGCAGGACUAAACAGCUUGAACGGAGCAAGGCAUGGAAGUCACAAACUGGAUCGGGAAUUAUUUGAGACUCUGCUGACAAACCAUGCAGCAACACACAUUUUCCACAUCCCCUCUCCUCUUUAUUUCUGCAUUAUUUAUUUGUCAAAAGUGACACCGUUAAAUCUGACUCGUGCACGUUUACACACACACACACACACACUGCAAACACUGAAACCCUGAGACUUUCAACACACACAGAGCUCUUUAAUGCUGUUUUUGGCCAAAGACUCUUUCAUUUUUCGCACAUCUGCAACAUGACCCCACUGAUCCAGUACAGAUAUGCAACUUCUUUGUUAUGCCGUCCACUUUUGUUUACAAAUGCUUUUUCUAAGAAAAGAAAGGAGGAAAAAAAAGGGUGAAGCCUGUCUAAUCAUUUACACACCAGAUCCUUUUCUUAAUCUGUGUCUGCUUGCAAAUUUUUCCUGAUUAGUUUUUUUUUUUUGUUACUGUAAAUCCAGAUUACCCUGUGGUUAAAAGAAAUAAAUCACAAUUAAAAACAAAAUGCCCCCACAUAUGCCCCUCAGCCUCAAUUAAUGUAUCUGUUUAGCAAUAUGUACAUAUUGUAAAUGAUGAAUUACUUAUGGGGGAAGUGAUGCAAUGUGACUCAGAUGACUGAUGAGGGAAGGGGGGCAAUUUGGCUACUGAAACCAACAGGGCUUGAAAUGGGCCUGCAUUUGUUUUUUCGCUUCAAAUGAAUUCAGUUUGUGUGUCAUGCCGAUGUUCUGAUGUUUGGUAAGAACUGUGACCUAUUUUUUCUUAUACUGUUAUUAAUAUUAUUGCAAAAUGUAAAUAACGAAUUUCUAAAGAAUUAUUUUAAUUAAAGCAUGACAAAUU